UAACUCUAAAUCAAGUGUAAGGAAAACAGAAACCAGUGUUCGAGAAUAAACGAUUGUUGCUUCAAGACUCCGAGAGUCAUGAGAGGAAUGUCAAUGAUGAGGCUUUGUAGAAGGCACAUGUCAUUACUUCUUGAGGCACAGAAUCUACCCAGAUCAUGUAGAAGGGUUCACGGCAAAGGAUCUCAAACUCCAAUUGAAGCAGCUUCGCAACAGUCCGAGCCGUUUCUCAACCAGCCCCAAGCUGUAGCUGCGGUAGAGGUCACUCCCAGAGGGACAGGUGCUUCGAAGAUCGAUAGUACAGAGACACAAGAAGUUUCUGAAAGCACAGAAGGCUCCAACAUACUGCGUCCGGUGGCUUACAAUGUAUGGCACGUGGACCCCUCCACAGUCAAAGAGAUCUACUUCUUCAACACAAUGGAGCUUGUCAAGAAGCUGGAAGAGAAGGGAUUUACUCGUGAACAGUCUGAAGCGGUGGCGAGUUGUCUGGUAGAGAUUGUGAACACGACCAUCCAGCACCAAUCUAACCACAUGAUCAGCAAGUCGGAGCAGGAGAUCCGGGUCCAGAAGCUCAUGGCAGAGAUCUCCUCGGUGAAGAAGGACAUGGUCAUGUUGCAGAAGAGUGAGUUCUCCACGCUACGCAACCAGACAGAGAAACAGUCAUUUGAAAUCCGUCAAAUCAAAGACUCCUUGCGGGAUGAGAUUGCAAAGUUGAAAGGUCAGAUGACCCUCGACAUGAACUUGGAGCGGAGCCGAUCAGUGGAGGCACAUGCAGAAAAUCAAAAGAAUCUGACCAAACUUCACCAGAAGAUAGAGACACAGGUUGCACAUCUUCUGACCAAGUACGAAAUAUACAGGAACGAUGUGUUCAAGUUUGCUGGAGGUACGGUGCUGACAUGUGCAGGAUUGUGUCUGGGAAUAAUACGACUCUGGAGCUGACGACAACAUGCUAUACGCGACAUCAGUUCAACUACAGCAGCAGCAGCAUCGUCACUCAGGAUAAGACCUACUCAUUAUAAGUGUUUUGUGUUUGGAGUUUGUGUUUCACUUUCCCUUUGUAGAACGUCAGAAAGUGUUUUGUAAUAGUUAUCUGCCAUUCACGUAAUUUACGUCGAAUGUGCAUCAGUAGUGAAACACUGUUGAUCAGAGAGAAAUGUCCCUGUGAAGUUGUUGGAUUUAGGAAUUAUGGGUCCAAAGUAAAGUGAGUGGGUCUGUUUUUACACCACUUUUAGCAAUAUUCCAUCAAUAUCAAGGUGGGGGGCACCAGAUAUGGGCUUCACAUAGUGUACCCAUGUUGGGAAUCAAACCCAUCUCUGGUGUAAUGAGCAAACACUUUCUCCACAAGGCUACUCCAACAACCUGUGAGUUCAUUUGUUAUAUAUUUAAGUUAAGUCUUGAUCGUUCAUUAGAUGGGAUCACAGGUUGGAAUGUGUCAUUUAUCAAUAUCAUGUUCCGAUUAAUCCAGAGAGGAUUGAUGGGUGAUAUUAUGUCUCAGGAUUAUGUAACUUUUGGCUCACCCUCUAUCUCCAAUGAUUAUUCAUAAUAAAAUAUAGCUUGAUCCUUUUACUGGCACAAAAUGCACUUUCAUAUGGCCAGUGAAUUCCUGUCAGAUUUAUUUGCACCUACAAUAUUGUAUGUAAUCAGAAUGGUUCAGUUUACGAUUGUUUACACAUCAGUUUUAUGUGGAAAUCAUGUUCAACAACAGAGCAUUUACAGCUGUUUUAUAUAUCAAAGGGUUCUGUUUAACAGGACCAUCAUAUAUUGGUGAUGAGUAUGUUAGGUCUGAAUUUGCAAUUAAUGUGUACAAGCACCUCAAUUGAAACUUCAUGUGCUUUUAUUUUUUAAGGGGCAAGUUAAGUUGAAUAAUUUAUUUGUAAUUUGGUUGUGAAUAUCUAUUUUCCUGGAUGAAUCGAAUCUAUUUUCAAAAACUCAAAGAAAGUACUUAGUGUUCAAGUAAAACUAAAAAGUGCCAAAAUCACAUACAGGUUAUCAGCUUUCAAACAAACCUAAUCCUAAAACUACUAAUGUUGAAGUGCAUGAAAAAUGAUUCAUUACCUGAAUGUAAUUAAGCAUGAUUAAGCAUGCCAUUAUCACAGCGACCCCCAAAAGACAGUCACAUCAACCAAUGGUUGAUAUAGUGAGCAACAUCAUCAACUAGGGCAUCCAGCUGAUACGUUUCCAAUCUCUUAGACAAAGCACCCGUGAAGGUCCGGUCUAGUAUAUUGAUCUUCAGUAACCCAUGCUUGUCAUAAGAGGCGACUAACAUGAUUGGGUGGUCAGGCUCGCUGACUUGGUUGACACAUGUCAUGGGUUCC